AUGUACCAAGAGAAGGAGCUACUAUACGGCUUGUUCCAGCUAUCUCAGAGAGAUAGAGAAAGCAUCCCGAGGUCCAUUACACCAGUAAUCACGGCAUCUCUCAGCAGCUACGACAGUUUUGGGACUGCUCUCGACACCUUCUCUGGCCUGUCACCAACGUCUGCUGCCGGCGCACACCUAGCUCAAGUCCCGGGCGGCGACGCCGACGACGAUACCCAUGACCUCCGCGCCGAGCCCCUCGCCGCUGAGGCUGCCCACUACGCCAAGAAGGACGAUGGCGCGCCUCCCCGGCGCUCAGUGAUCCCUCGUACGAGGCAUGAGACCAACGGCCAUCGUUGA